UAAGCGCUAAUGCCGACUCCGCAAUCAGCCAGCUUAUCUGGCGCGCAUUCCCUCGUGAGAUGCUGUCUUGCUCGAGCGAAAAUAUCAGCUUCAGUCUCUCGAUCAACCGAGACUCGUGAGAAUCCGUCAUGUUGGCCGGUCUGGUGCUUGGUGGCCUUUUGAGCCUAGCCACCGCCCAAUUCCCUCCCAAGCCCGAGGGAAUCACAGUGCUCCAAUCCAAGCUGCAUGAGAAUGUGUCUCUAUCCUUCAAAGAGCCUGGCAUUUGUGAAACCACGCCGGGCGUCCGGUCCUAUUCGGGCUAUGUGCAUCUCCCUCCGGGGUUCCUCUCCGAGGGAGGAGAAGUACAAGAUUAUCCCAUUAACACCUUCUUCUGGUUCUUUGAAGCCCGCAAAGAUUCCACCAAUGCGCCUCUUGCCAUUUGGCUGAAUGGCGGACCAGGUGGCUCCUCGCUCAUGGGUCUUCUGGAAGAGUUGGGUCCCUGCUCCAUUGCCGCAGACUCGAAGACUACGAUUAAUAACCCUUGGAGCUGGAACAAUGAGGUUAAUCUUUUGUUUCUCGAUCAGCCAACUCAGGUUGGCUUUUCAUAUGAUGUCCCCACCAAUGGCACUUUAAUUAUAGAUGAUAGUGACAUCAAUAUUUUCCCUGGGGAUUUCUCUGCCGAUGUUCCUCAAUCCAACCUUACCCACCAAGUUGGCACCUUUUCCAGCCAGAAGCUCUCGCAGACUGCCAACGGAACCGCUUUCGCGGCUCACGCUCUGUGGCAUUUCGCCCAGACCUGGUUCUUCGAGUUCCCUCACUAUAAGCCUAAUGACGACCGCAUCAGUCUUUGGGCUGAGAGUUACGGAGGCCAUUAUGGCCCGGGUAUCUUUCGGUUCUUUCAGCAGCAGAACGACAAAAUUGCGGCGGGGACUGCCGAAGAGGGAUCGCAGUAUCUGCAUCUUGACACCCUCGGUAUUGUGAAUGGCCUGAUGGAUGUUGUGAUCCAAGAAGAGGCCUAUAUUACGUGGCCCUACAACAACACCUAUGGCCUCCAAAUCUUUGACCAGCCCCUUUACGAGGAGCUGAUGUACAACUGGACGCGGCCAGGAGGCUGCCGCGACCGAGCGCAGGCUUGUGAAACGGCCCUGAAGGAGCGUGAUUUAGACCCUUCCUCCUCGAAGAACAUCACCGAAAUCUGCGGAACGCUUUCCCUUGAAUGUGAUGAAAAUGGACCCAUCACUCAUUACCACACCAAAAACCGCGGUUGGUACGAUAUUGCCCACACGAAAAACGAUCCGUUUCCUGCAAAGCACAUGCUGGGCUACCUUAAGCAGGAGUCUGUCUUGGCUGCUCUUGGUGUUCCUGUAAACUUCACCGAGGCCUCCAAUACCGUGGCCCUGCAGUUCCUGAACAGUCAUGAUGUUGUUCGGGGUGGCUUCCUCGAUGCAAUCGGCUACCUCCUUGACAGCGGGGUCAAGGUGCACAUGAUGUACGGUGAUCGCGACUACGCCUGCAACUGGGUUGGUGGUGAGAAGGCCAGUCUAGCAGUUCCCUAUUCCCGGAUUGGCGAAUUCACAGAGACUGGAUACUCUCCUCUGCUCACGCCCGACGGGGUCAGCGGCCAGACCCGGCAGCUUGGAAACUACAGCUUCACCCGCGUCUAUCAAGCAGGCCACGAGGUUCCUUCGUACCAACCAGUGGCGGCGUAUGAGAUCUUCAUGCGGGCGACGUUCAACAAGGAUAUCCCUACGGGACUUUUGGCGGUUGGAGAUGAUUUCCAGACGGUCGGACCGCUCGACACGUGGAGUAUCAAGAAUAUUCCCCCGGUGGCCCCGGAGCCCAAGUGUUAUGUCCUGAGUCCGGGGACGUGUACUGAGGAGUUGUGGGAGACAGUUGCGAACGGUACUGCGACUGUCAAGGACUGGUAUGUUGUGGAGGAUGGUGCUGAGGAUCAAGGAGAGUUCAGUAUUCUUGGAGGUGAUGAGCUCUGAUUAGAAUGACCUGAACAGUAGUAUUUGGUAGUUAGUUCUGUCGAUUCCUCGGCAUCAAUAAUCAACCAGAGUACGUUUCCAUCCACGAGGCUCA